GCAUCAGCAUCGGUACUAUUCACUUUCAUUCUUUCACUUCGAGAACUGUAUAGUUUUAUUACUUUCACUACAAAUCAAUCCGCAGAUAUGAGAUUCGCCAGUUCCACCCUCUUGAGCCUGGCUCUCCUUGCCGGCUCCGCCGUCGCCCACCCCGGCCACGAUAUCUCUGAGGAGAUCCGAGAACGCCGCGAGUUCCUCAGCACCGCUAAGCGCACCAACCUCGACCACUGCGCGCCUAAGUUAAAGGCACGUGGUGUCGAGAAGCGCAAUGUCCUGCGCCGAGAGGCCUUACUCGAAAAGGCACGAGCCAAGAGGGGCCUAAACAAGAAGCGUGAUCUUGAAACCGUCUUGGCCACUGAUCACAACAAGACCAGCCUUGGUUACACUACCAACACUGAUCCCGCUGUUCUCUUCGCUGGCUACAACGCCUGCCUUCUGACCCCUGAGGUCACCCAGGGCCCUUACUAUGUUGGCGGCGAAUAUGUUCGUGAGAACAUCGCCGAGGAGCAGGCGGGUGUCGAUACCAUCCUUGACUACCAGGUCAUCGACAUCAACACCUGCGAGCCCGUCCCCGAGGUCUACCUAGAGAUGUGGCACUGCAACGCCACCGGUGUCUACGGCGGCAUUGUCGCCAGCGGCAACGGUGACUCUUCUGACGAGACCAACAUCAACAACACCUGGCUCCGUGGUAUCCAGAAGACCAACUCCGACGGUGUCGCUCAAUUCGAGACCAUCUUCCCCGGUCACUACACCAGCCGUGCCACCCACGUCCACAUCAUGAUCCACCAGGGCGCCACCCUCCUUGCCAACUCCACCCUCGGCAACAGCAACAUCACCGCCAGCCACGUCGGCCAGGCCUUCUUCGACCAGGACCUCAUCACCGAAGUCGAGCUGACCGCCCCCUACAACACCAACACCCAGGAGCUCACCACCAACGCUGACGACGGCAUCCUGGGCGAGGAGACCGCCACCGACGGCGUCGACCCCUUCUACGAGUACACUCUUCUCGGCGACGACGUCUCCAGCGGCAUCUUCGGCUGGAUCGCCUUCGGCAUCAACGCCACCGCCACCCAGGACGUCACCCCCGCCGCCUUCUACUACGCCGAGGGUGGUGUCGCCAACCCCAACGCCGGUGCCGGUGGCGGCUCCGGCGGCCCUCCCCCCAGCGGCAACGGCAACAGCUCUUCCGCUCCCGCCUCCUCCAGCACUGCUUCCGCUUAAGUCAGCGUGUUAGCGAAUGAUUUAUUAGGGAUGUGAAAAGAGUUUUUUUGGGAUCAGUCGGUUGGCAAGGCAAAGCAUUUGUAUAUAGAUUAAAGAUUGGUGUUUUCUCUCCUCAUCAGGGGGGACACCGGAUUGCACAUAUUUUGGCUUUUAUAUUUGGUUUUUUGUUGCUUAUAUGGUAUGGUGCGAGCAGGUGUACGAUGGCUCAUUCCUGCGCUUCUUCAUUCGUUAGCUUCUGAAUAGACUACCACCAUCAGUGCUGAAUAUCUCGUUUCUUUGCGCAUACUAUGUGAUUGUUUC